AUGGAGCCUACGACCAUGUUGCUGUCGCCCGACCGUGACCUGGCGGCCAGCGGCGAGGCUGAUGGCGGUGGCAGCCACCAGCUGCAACAGAAACCGCCGACUCUCCGUGGACACCCUCAGUCACCGCCACCGGCGCCCUUGGCUACGUCACAGCAGGAGCCGCUGGUGCCGUCGUCGCCACCGCCGCCACUGGACGCCUGUCAGGGGCUCAGUCUGCAGCUGCCGGCCACUACCUCCACGGCGAUACAACUAGCCACCACCGCUACUCCCAUCGAGCGGCUUUCGCGACCGAUGGCGUUCGACAAGAUGGAAUCGUUGGUCCGCGAGACGCAGGACCAGGACACGGGAGUGCCGGUGCGAAGUCAGAAGCUGUUUCUCACCUCCAUACCGUCCGCGUUCAUGGGUGAGUGGCUGGACAGGGCCGGGGAGUUGCUCUCGUGUCUAACGGAUCCCUAUUGUGUUAAUCCCGCUUCAGGGUACGACCUCAUCGAGUGGCUGAUGGAGCGGCUGAGCAUCGAGGAGUCGGAGGCGCUCAACAUCAGCAACCAGCUGUGCCAGCACGGGUACUUCUUCCCGGUGUCCGACUCCAAGACACUGCUGGUGAAGGACGACUCGUCGCUGUACCGCUUCCAGACGCCCUACUACUGGCCGUGGCAGCAGAAGGCGCCGGACCAGAUCGAGUACGCGAUCUACCUGGCGAAGCGGUCGCUGCGCAACAAGCAGCGCCACGGGCUGGAGGACUACGAGACCGACGCGCUCGCCAGCCUGCACAAGAACCUGAAGGGCAAGUGGGACUUCAUCAUGAUGCAGGCCGAGGAGCAGGUGCGGCUGGCGAAGGAGCGCAAGAAGGGCGACAAGAUCGUGGGCGACUCGCAGGAGCGGGCGUACUGGCGGGUGCACCGGCCGCCUCCCGGCCAGUUCACGCCGCUCGAACCGUGCCCGAUCCCGUCCCGCGACCGGCAGGGCAAACCGAGGCGGCGCACCGUCGACGACUGGCAGCGCGAGCUCGAGAUCCUGCGGGCGUCGCUCGGGCGGAACCGGGUGAAGAUGUCGCAGGCGUGCGAGAGCCUGGUCGCGUAUUACGAGACGUUCGCCGAGUACGACCCGAUGAUGCAGCCGCCGCUGCCGUCGAACCCGUGGGUGACGGAGGACGUCAGCUUCUGGCAGCUGAACGGGCCGGUGGUCGAGGUGCCGACCGAGAAGCGCGUCAAGCGCUGGGGCAUCUCGAUCGAGGAGAUCGUGUCCGACCCGACGGGCCUGCAGGAGUUCACGCAGUACCUGAAGAAGGAGUACUCACACGAGAACAUCCGCUUCUGGAUGGCGGUGAACGACCUGCGGCGCUCGGCCCACUCGCAGAUACCGCGCAAGGUUCGGGAGAUCUACGAGAUGUUUCUCGAGCCGGGCGCACCCUGCGAGAUCAACAUCGACGGCAAGACGAUGGAGCGGGUCCAGCAGGGCCUGCGGAGCCCGUCGCGCUUCGCGUUCGACUCGGCCGCCGAGCACAUCUACAUGCUGCUGCUCAAGAAGGACUGCUACCCGCGCUUCGUACGCUCCGAGCACUACAAGGCCCUGCUGGCGAACGCGAUCCAGCCGUCGCACAAGAAGCGCUUCUUCGGGUUCGGUGGCGGCGCCAAGAAAAAGGGCUCCACGUCGACCGCACCGAACGCCGCCACGCUGCUCACACAGCCCUCGUCCGGACCGUCCGGGACGGUGAACAGCCUGUCGAAGCGGCGCGGCAGCGACCGGAGCCUGUCCGGGUCUGCCCACGAGCUCGCCAUCUCCGGCGUGAAGGACUGCACGAAGGUGCCACACUCCCACAGCCAAAGCAACCUGAGCGAGAUUCCCUACAGCGUAUCAAUCUACCGAGGUGAUAUGCCGUCGGGCGUGUACGUGGGUGCCGCCGCGCCGUCCUCGUCGCCGUCCUCAACCAGUAGUAGUGCACCGGUGCGCCAGACGGUGAGGGCAGACGGAACAGCACAGGAGGUCAGCAAACCACUCGGCACCAUGCUGGAGGCCACCGUGGAGGGCGGUGGUGUGGACGCGUCGGUGGUGUGCCCCUGGGACCUACCGGGAGCUCCCGCGGCGAAGCAACCGGCGGCUGCGGUGGCGACGUCCGUAUGUCCGUGGGACGAUGCCGAAGCCGACCCAGGCCCAGUCAGCAGCAGCAGCACGACUACAAGUCAGGUGCCGGGUGCAACGCACGGCACGUCCGAGAUCAGCGAGAUGUCCGAGCGCAUGAAGCGCUCGUGUGGCCUGCGCCAGAACACCCUGGACGGUGACUUCCACAGCACCAAGCGGUUGACGCCGAUCGUGACGGAGCAACGGCGCGCUUCCAUGACGACGGCUCCGAGACUGUCGGAUCUGCAGUUUUGUCUGCGGGCCAACUCUGCCGGUGAAGGACCGGCAGCCGCACCGGACGCGGGAACGCUCCCACAGCAGCAGCCGUCGAGCGUAGCGCCCGGCCGCCGACGACAACCGUACCUAACCCACCAAACGUCGGUAUCGCAAGACUCGCCCCGGGCGAUGAGCUUCGAAGAGCGGGCGGACAGCACCACGCUGGAUGCCUACGCCGUCCCCAGGACUCCCGAGCCAGACGAGCCCAAUCCGCGAGCCCAAUCCGUAGUGGCCGGCAGUGUGUGCAGAGUUACUACCACUGAAGCUACUGCAGCUACUACUACCAAUACUACUACUAGCACUCCCCCGACUGGCUCGACCUCUUCAGGGCACGCAACGCCGCAGAUGGGUGCCCCGGAGGCGACGACUCCCUGCACUGUUGACACCACCACCAGCAACACCGUCCGGUCGGUUCCUGCCCACGAUACGACGGGUACGCCCCGGAUCAGCGUCAUCUACGUGCGGUCCUCGAUCGACGACUCGGCCGGAGAGUGCGAGGUUGCUGAUACGUCAAUGUCGGGCACGCCGCUGGACCACUUCUUCCCGGAGGUGCUGGUGGCGCACCGGGGCACCAGCGAUGGUGACUACGACCUGCUCCUGCUGGAUGGCAGGGGUGAGCUCCCGGCGCUGGUCAGUGGACUGGUGCCCGGGUGUGUCGCACCGGCACCGACGCCCACGCCCCUAAUCGCACCGCUCGCCGAGGUAGAGCUGGACGACCCACCGGAGGACGAGGAGGAAGGCGACGACGACGAAGCGGUGCUAGACGACCGGCAGCUUAGCGGGAGGACGGCACAGGAGGAGCAGGAGGAGGAGGAUGGGGUGGCCGAGACGCGGAGGUCCCAGCAGCACCCGGCGUCCGCCUGUCACAGCACGGCCACGGUCGUGAUCAUCGAUAACUCUGGCCGGCGGCGGAAGCGCAAGGAGCGUAUGGUGGACCACACCCAGCGGGUUCCCGUCGACCGUGACACGACCGUCCGGCAGCAGCGCAGCGAAGAGGGCGAGGGAACCGCCGCUGACCGGAAGGGAACCAACAGCGUCUGCCCGUGGGAUGAUGAAGACGAGACGGCGGUCGACGAAGCACCGUACGUGAAGACCUACUCCACGCUGGGCUACCUCUAG